AUGUAUGAUGUGAUCGUAGCGCCUUCUGGAAGUUCUCUCCUCCAGCAGAUGUAUAGAAAAUCGUUGGGGACCCGAGGAAAGUGGCCAAAUCAGUCAUAG